AUGAGCGAGGAAGAGAAGAAGAAGGCUACAAAGGACUACAAGUCGAACUUGCAGGAAGUGCGGGACAGUAAGUGCUAUGCCCAGUGCAAAACCAGGCUCAGUGUGCACCAUGACAUGCAGGACAAGAUUGCUACCACUAAGGUGAUGCUCUUGGAGGUAGCUGAUAGAACUGGCCUGCAAAGUCUUGCCAUCAACAUGCGUGGAUCACCGGAGGACUGGACAAAGCCGCACGUCUUCUUCACCCACGAGGGCCUGUCAAUGUUAUUUAACCUCUUCAUGCAUUGUCCCCUUGCACUCCUUGCUACGCAACUCGAAGCCUAUAUAGUCUGUGGGGAAGCUGAAGUUGUGCAACCUCACAAGCAACAACUCCUCCAAGCAAAGAAGGAGCUUGCGAUCUUGGUACUCAAGAAACUCAACACCACAUUCAAGGCUAUCACUCGAAAGCAUCAUGUCAUCAUCCGUGGGUACCCGUUGGGCAUGAAAUUCUGCGCGCCAAGCAAGCUUGUGAAAGACCACCCGGAGUCAGAUGCUGCUGGGGCUGAGGAAACUGAUGACAAGGACGAGCCUGAGAUGCCCUUAGCUGUGGCCUUAGCGGUGUGCGGGGGUAGUGGUUGUGCCAGCCAGCACCCAAUGUUAUCAGUGUUGAGCUGGCCCAUGCUGGCAUGUCCACCUGCUCUGCCCUCUGCACCAACAACUGUUGACUUGACUGCAAACCCCAUCAAUGCCGCUGCUGCCUCCCAGAACCCUGGCAUUGUUGCCGCUGAUGGGCACCCCAUCCUUGUUGAUUCUACUCUCACAAACAUUGCUGCACCGUCGAAGAAACAGGGUGCCUCUGCUGCCAUGAAGCUGAGCAAACGGUGCAAGACAAACAGCAAGACAAACAAUGAGGGGGGUGGUAACUUUAUCAUGUGCGGCCCUGACGGGAAGUGUGUGGGACAGGCCUCAAAACCCCAUGCUCAUAAGGGCCAGUAG